GCUAGUGAGGCACUCAGCGCCUGGUAAGUUGAUACCUUCGAGCGAAAACGUGUUUCUUUGCUGCGUUUUGUUAGCCCUUCACAAUGACUUCAUUGGCAUCUAUGCCACUGCAAAACGUGUCGAUGGAUAUGAUAUAUAACUGGCUAAUCACUUUUUUUUCUUGUUAUCGUAGACGCGACAUCUAAUUUAUCGACCAACAUCAACACUCCUUUUCCCCAGAACCAUUCGAUACAUUCACGUAUUGUCCACACUAUGCUUACCGGCACUACCACUCCUCCACGGAGAAAGUCUCCCUCUUUGAGAGGAAGCGGAGAUGAACAAAUUAACGCGAGGAAUCCAGGUAAUGGAAAGGGCAAAGAAAAAGAAGUUUAUACUUCUAGAACGUCCCCUCUUCGAAACGUGACUCCGCCUGGUGCGCUGGCAGAGUUUCCCAUUCCAUCUCUUCCUAUUUCACGACCUUCAACUCCCCUGCGCUCUGCUAUGGCAUCAACAUCGAGAUUCAAGGCGCCGUCGCCUUCUCAGCAUAUACCUCUAGCGAACUCGACUUCUGUUUCCAGCCUGGGCAAGGGAAAGCGGAAAGCGGAUGAAGUUGAUGGUGGUGGGGAAGAUCUCACUGUCGGUGGUCCUACCCUGCCACUGGAGACUACCCAGCAGCAGCGUAGAUCUGUGCAUAGAGCAACCUUCGCUGCUGAGCCGAGAAGUACGUUGCGUAUGGGAUUGACGUGCUUUGAAUCAUUGACGAGAACCUUGACAGAGUACCGCACGUCAACCUCUUCUCAUACUACAUCACAUUAUGCCAGGCGAAAACGUGCUCGUUUGUCCAGCGGAACCAGUCUCGCUACAAAUCAGACUGUUUCCGAGCACGGUGUUCGUGCCCCGUCUCGUUCUGAAAGUUCUCGUCGGCGUGCACCGUACGCCGCUUCGUCUGCGUCUCGAGGAUCGCAUACUCCCACCCAAUCUCUUCGAGCUGGGUCCGCUUCGUCUCACCAACAACACAGCGUGCGGUAUGUAGGCCAACCCCAGCGUGCACGACAUCCGUCCUCCACAAGGGGGUCGUCAAAGCGAGGCAGUGUUUCGCAAGUGUCCAUACCCAUCUCGGCCCUCAUAUCUCCCCAUGCACCAUCAAUAUCUCUGCAUCCCUCCACAACUUACCACAUGCGUGACCCGAGAAAACCCUCACCGGUCCACCCGACAUCUUGGUCUUUGUCAUUUCCCUCUGCGGGUCCGCACGAGAGAGGCUGGCUGGCGGGAUGCUUUAAUGCACUGACAUGGGGAAGAUUCUUUGAACGAGCGUUUAGGAGACAAAUAAAGGGAAAAGAACAGGAUAUAGAAGGACAGACGCAUCAGCAAGAGGAAGAUGGUGGUAAAUUUCCUGUUGUAGACUGGACCGAAGGAGGAGGAAGCCCCAUACACGCUUGGUUGUUCUUUCUGGGAUUCAUUUUGUUCCCCGUAUGGUGGAUUGCCGGGCUCUUUAUUGGUAUACCGAAAACUAGGACUCUUGAAGGAAGAGGACUUGAGGAGAAAAGUGUGGUUCUGGACGAUCCACAGGUAGAACAUGACGCAAAAUCCUGGCGGACUAGAUGUCGUGUCAUGGCGGCUAUUUCUCUAUUUACUUACAUACCGUUCAUUGUUCUCGUUGUCGUAUUUGUACCACGAUCUGAAAGAUGAAUCGUGUUCGCCUCUUCAAGCUACAUCCUUCCGGGUGGGAUGUAUUCCCGAUGUACAUUCUUUUCGUAUAUUAUUACCAGUCGUUUCUUACACUCUCCCCGUUGCUCGUUGUAGUCGUUCCAUUCUUUUGUAAAAUUGACAGCAAUUCUUUGUCCAUUUUUUUUCUUUCUUCGACAUUCUUAUGCCUUUCUCUCUUUAUUGCAUGGAUCAGGAAACCGGAACCCUCAUAUCGAUUAUGUUUAUGCCAUUAUUAUUUCUGCUUUGAACCUUC